AUGGAUAAACACGGCGUGAAGGCCCCCUUGUGGAAGAAGGAGCUGGAGGAGCCCCGGGCCAGGGAGGCGGAGGCGGAGGCCAAAGCCGCGGAGGAGGAGUCGGAGUCGGAGUCGGAGUCGGACGAGGAGAGGCCGCCAGAGGAGAGCGCGGCCGAGGGCGAGGCCAAGGCCGGCGGGGAGGCGGAGGGCGGCGAGGGCCGUGAGCGGGGCUCGGUGUCUUACUACCCGCUGCGCCAGGAGUCCAGCACCCAGCAGGUGGCGCUGCUGCGGCGCGCGGACAGCGGCUUCUGGGGUUGGUUCAGCCCCUUGGCGCUGCUCGGAGGCCUAGCCGCGCCGGCCGACAGGAAGCGGAGCCCUCCCGAGGAGCCGUGCGUGCUGGAGACGCGGCGGCGGCGGCCGCGCGGCGGGGGCUGCGCGCGCUGCGAGAUCCUUUUCUGCAAGAAGUGCAGGAACUUGCACAGCUCGCCGAGCUACGUGGCGCAUUGCGUUCUGGAGCACCCGGAUCUCGGGAAGUCAGGGGCAGCCGGCUCCUCUGACACCCCCCUCUACCGUGAGCAAACGCUGUUGGCGUGGGUGUGGGGGCUUUUCUGAUGGGUGAUUUCCCUUCUAAUUGAGUCUGGCAGAGGCGGAAGUGUGGAGCAACGAACAGAUGACUAGGCUGUGGGUCUGGACGCCUCGGAGGCAGCGUGGUGUGCAAAGAGCAUGGGGCCAAACUGCCUGGCUUGCAGUCCUGGUUUUAACCACUUAUCCUACCUGCCGUGACCUGGGCAGAUAGCUUAAGGCCUUUGUGUCUUAGCUUUUAGAUCCGAGAAAUGAGAAUGUUGACUAAGAGAGUCGAUCCUCGCGGGGCUGUUCUGAAGAUUAAAAAGGGAUGUGUGCACAGCCCAUAGGGCUUCCCAGGUGGUGCUAAAGUACCCGCCUGCCAGUGCGGGAGACAUAAAAGACGGGUUGAUUCCUGGGCGGGGAAGAUCCCCUGGAGAAGGGCAUGGCAACCCACUCCAGUAUUCUUGCCUGGAGAAUCCCCGUGGACAGAGGAGCCUGGAGGGCUACAAAGAGUCAGACACGACUGAGCCCACCACACAGUGCACAUGUAUGUCACAUGUAAUACUUAGAGCCUGCUGUGGGUAAUAACUACUACUUACUUUCUAAGAGAUGUAGGAUUAGGGAUCAGUGGUUACCCCAGAAGGGGGCAUAAUGAGACUUCUGGGGUAUUGGUAAUGUUGUUUCUUCAUCUGGGUGCUGGGUUUGUUUAUGGGGAGGUAUAGCCUUCUUUAUUAAGAAGUAUAUAUAGGGGAAUUCCCCAGAAGUCCAGUGGUUAGGAUUUGAUUCCUGUCAGAGAACUAAGGUAACUAAGAGCCUGCAUGCCUCUGAGUGCAGCCAAAAAAGAAAAAAAAAAAAAUUGCAUUCAUUUAUUUUUGCCUUCCCUCUGUGGGUCUCUGCUUUCCAGCUUCUAAUAGGCGUGAGCAGAGGGAGAUGGGCUGGAUCAGUCAUUCUCAAGCUUAUAGCAGGGCCCUUAUGCAGUUUUGUAGUUUCUAGAGCCCUAUCCCCUCAGAAUUCACUUUCCCCAAGGGUCGGCAAUCAGCACUGCAAUGAUGCUGGCUUAGAAGCCCAUUGAAAGUCCUUCUGACAUGGCCUUCUUAGAACCCAGGCCAGCAGGGACUCCCAACAAUGAGUUAAGGGAGGCCUCCCAGCAGGCCUCCCAACAAAAGUUGGGAGGUUGCCAUUACAGGGAGCCUCCAGGGGCAUGGAUAGCUGGCCUUGAGGAGCAAUGUGUGUGUGUGUGUGUGAGCUGGCCUUGAAGAGGAAUGUGUGUGUGUGUGUG